AUGUACACCUUGAGAGUUUUCUUCGUCGCCUUCCUUGGAAUCCUUGUCAACUCUACUAUUGCCAUAACUGACGAACAAACUGCCGAAAUCCAGUCUAAGUUUGUGGAAGUAAGCAAGGAAUGCCUCAAUGACAACCCCUUAACUGCUGAUGACAUUAUAGCCUUCAAAGACAAGAAAUUCCCUGACGGAGAAAAUGCCGGCUGCUUUGCUGCUUGCGUCUUUAAGAACCUUGGCAUUAUGGAUGAGCAGGGACAACUCUCACACGCUGGUGCUCUAGAAGAAGCCAAGAAAGUGUUCAGCGAUGAAGAAGAAUUGAAGAAUAUUGAAGAUUUCCUCUCCACCUGCUCCAAAGUAAACCUUGACGACGUGACAGACGGCGAAAAAGGUUGCGACCGCGCGAAGUUGGUUUUCAACUGCUUAAUUGAAAACUCUGAAAAGCACGGAUUCAACCUGGACUUCAACUAAAGAAUAUUAAAUUUGACAAUCGCAAAAUAGAGAAAAGGUUAUAAAAAUAUAAAGUUGCUACGUUUAACGGACUAUUCG